GCGUGUGAGAAGGGGGGAAGAAGAAGAAAUUAAGUGAAAGCGUUAGGCGUCGAGACGACCGCAAAUCUCUCCGCCUCGUCUUGUCUGUUCGCCUGCCCUUUCGGCAUUGUUGAUCUUCCCGUCAACUCCCUGACCACUCCCGCAACGAGUUUCUGAUCUUGGAAUCAUGAGCACAAAUCAAGAUCUCGAAAUCCAGAAGCUUAAGCUCCUGCUAGAGGAAAAGGAUGCGGCGCACCGGGAGGUGUUGAGAAGCAAGGAGGAGGAUCUUCGCAGAGCGAAAGCGGAAAUAUCUCAUCUACAAAGCUCUGUUUAUCAAUCGCAAUCGCAAGUAGUUCAGCCCUCGGGCCAGAGCAACCUCGAUGCUUCUUCUGCUGUUCAUAAUGAGUUCCAACUGCCAAGUACUCCUGCCACUCCUGCCACGCCCUUCCAUCAAGAUGGCAUGUCGAGAAGUAAUACAGUUCCUCGGAGCAAUGGUAUGCAUGGGUAUAGUCGUCAUGAAGGCGCUGCGCGACCAUCUAAUCGACAUAGCCAUGAUGGAGGACACGCCGUCAAGCGUGCCAGGACCAUGUCCCAGCAAGCUCCAGUCUCGCAGAAGAUGGACCGUCUCGGUUCAAACCUGUCCACCCAGUCCGCCGGUCCCUUCACCGGCAAUGUCCCGAUAUCUCCUCCGCCGCGGAUACAUAACGCCGGCGUACAGAUGAGAAAUGCGGGCAUGGCCGAGUACGUAGACAAGGACGAGCCUGUAUCGUCUUAUGCCCUUGCCCACUCGCAGUCUCUGCGUUCCCAGUCGUCAAAGCAUCGGCAUGACAUGCCUACUCUGUCGGAGACGGGGCCCAUGACGGGGGUGAUGCUCGAUCCCGAAGUAUUCUUCUCCCAACAUCCGUUUUCCGAAGAACCUCCCCAAGUGGUGGAUUCUUUCGGUUCAUCCGUCCCUUCGCAGAACCACGACGUUGACGUGCCCCAAUUCAACAUUACUAAUGUGUCCGUCUGCGGUUCGAUGACGACAGCUCCGACGUAUGAUACGGCGCCGAUGACUCGGCAGAACAGCCUGUUCGACAACCAGUCCGUCUCCGGCGGCGUUCGUAUGAUGAGCCUCGGCUCGCAGAUGUCGCAAGCUGGCGAGGCGUAUUAUCAAGAUGGGACGCAGCAGAACUGCAGCAGCGGGGAUAAUUCGCCGUUAGGGAAGCGACCUUACUGCAGCGAAGACGCGCUCAUCGCCGUCGGCUCCAGCUUGGCACCGCCCUUCGCCCACCAAUAUGCCGCCUCGGCGCCUACAGACGUACUCCUCUCAUCUUCGGAUAUGGAGCGAUCGGUGUCUAGCGCGAGCAUGGCUAGCACCAGAUCGAGCUCGUCUUUGAAGGUCCGUGCCAAGGACACUCUGAAGCUACAAUGCCAGCGUGCCUUAAACGCGCCCUUGAAGCCCAAGCCGAGCACCGAACAGAUGCCGGGCGAGUCGCAAGCUAACACCAAGAAGGAUGGUAAGACGGCCAUCACGAAGACCAAGUACGUACGGCCGAAGCAACCCAAGGUCUUCUGCGACCAGUGCGACGAGCACAAGGACGGCUUCCGCGGAGAGCACGAGCUUCGUCGCCACAGGGACGCCAAGCAUCAAACCACCGUCAAGAAGUGGAUCUGCGUCGAUCCCGCCGCCCACGGCCUCCCCAUCGGCAUUCCCGCCGUCAACCCUCUCAGCAAGUGCAAGGCCUGCAAAGCGCAGAAGAAGUACGGCGCGUACUACAACGCCGCGGCGCACCUUCGUCGCACGCACUUCAAGGAGAAGCCGUCGCGGCAGAAGAACAAGGGGAACGGGAACAACCGCAGCGACGAAGACAAGCGUGGCGGUAAAGGAGGCGGCGACUGGCCCCCGAUGAGCGAGCUUAAGAACUGGAUGAAGGAGAUUUGGGUAAACAAGUACGAGCUAGACGACGAUGAUGAUGGCGAAGACGAACUUAGUCACCCCGUCGUGGAUCCGGAGUCCGGAGUCAUGGAAUCGUAUCCCGGCGAGUUCAAUAUACCGCACAAGAUGUCCGGCAACAUGUUUGGCGAGGUGGAUUACAGCAAUCUCGUCGUCAACGGCGACGUCGCCUAUAUGAACGGGAUGCCGCUUUCGUCUGCCGACUUCAACUUCAACAAUGCCAUGUCGCCUACCACAAUCUCGCCCAACUUCGCCCCGGACCUUUCCGCGAUUGCUCCUCAGGACCAUAUGAACCAAUUCAGCUCGGCCUUGUCGUCGUCCGCAACUGUCACUCCGAUGACCGUAUAUCACGAAGUACCGCAUCACAUGGACGAUUUUGACUUCAAUAUGGUCUAUACUCAAUGAUCUCCCACCUGUUUCGUCUUCUUCCUUUUCAUACCUACCUAUUUAUGAGCAUAUAGAAGGGGAAAUUUGGGGAAAUGGGAACUCGCAUAGAGACAUGAAGAAAGAAGUAAACCCGAAAAUAAAAGAAAAAAAAGGAGAGGAAAGAGAGCAGCAUUGGCAUUUCGCGCUAUGUCCUUCCCCA